GUCCGAUAACGUUAAAAGUGCCCCUGAACAACCUCCCUAUCCAUUUCGGAGAGCAGUGCUUGCUCAACUCCAGUUCUCCAAUGGCUGCUCUUCUGUCCCUUUCGUUGCCUUCACCAGCCAGAGUUUCUAUCCUCCCUCACUUCUCUUCACCAUUCAAGGGUAAUCUAAGUAGCCUUAAAACAAGCUCAUCUCAGAUUCAAACACUCAAAUUUCAACUAAUAAAGAGGAGGGAAAGAAGAUCAGUAGUAGUUCUCACCCGGGCUUCUUCUUCUUCUUCAUCUGCUGCGGCUACUGAAGUAGCUUCUGAUGUUCGUUUUCGGCUGGACAAUCUUGGGCCACAGCCCGGCUCGAGAAAGAAGGAUAAGAGGAAAGGGAGGGGUCAUGCUGCAGGUCAAGGGGGUAGUUGUGGGUUCGGGAUGAGAGGUCAGAAAUCGAGGUCUGGCCCUGGUGUUCGCAAAGGUUUUGAGGGUGGACAGAUGCCCCUUUACCGGCGUAUCCCAAAACUCAGAGGCAUUGCUGGAGGCAUGCAUGCGGGGCUGCCAAAGUUUGUCCCCGUGAACUUAAAAGAUAUAGAAGCUGCUGGUUUUCAAGAAGGGGAUGAAGUUUCACUAGAGUCCUUGAAAAAGAAGCGCAUAAUCAACCCAUCAGGAAGAGAAAGAAGGCUCCCGCUAAAGAUUCUAGGAGAGGGAGAAUUGUCGGUGAAGCUGAACAUAAAGGCUCGUGCCUUAUCAGAAUCAGCAAAAGAGAAGCUUCAAGCUGCUGGUUGUUCUCUGACACUGCUGCCUGGCCGAAAGAAGUGGGUUAAACCAUCGGUUGCUAAAAACCUUGCUCGUGCUGAAGAAUACUUUGCCAGAAAAAGAGCUGCUGCGGGUGGAGCUGAUCCAGCCCCUGCUUCAAGUGAUGCACCUUCCGCUUGAGGCUCAAUUCAUGUCAAAAACCCUCUCUCUAAAAUUAGGUGAGGCCUAACCUAAUCAGCGGAUACCUGUAGUUCUUCUUUUUUCUCCUUGUUCAGCUCUUAAGUUCUUGUAUCAUGUAUCUGAUUCAUUCUCACAAAGUUGUUUAAUUAAAUCCAAUAUGGAAUUUGUUUC